AUGGAGAUCGUAGACAGGCUGGCGGUGUUCCCGACAGCCAGCUCGUACACGAAAGUGAAGUGCCGAUUGAUUUGUGCGCGCAGGGGUCGUGACCUGCUCGCGAAAAAAGUCGACGGUCUCUUAAUCCGAUUUCGCGCGGUUCUAUUGCAAUUGGUCAUGAACAAGUCGCGGCUCGGCGAGGUCAUGAGGGAGGCGGCCUUCUCAUUGGCCGAAGUCAAUUAUACGACAGGUGGCGUAAAUGAACUGGUCCUGCAGACGAUCGACAAGGCGAGAACGAGAAUCCAUUGCAGACAAGAGAUCAUCGGCGGCGUUCGAUUGCGGAUUUACGAGCCGUUCCACAGCGGCCGUGAUCCUUUCGAACUUGCUGGGUUAGGCAGAGGCGGCCAACAAGUGGCCAAACUGAAGAAGAAAUAUGGGAUAGCGAUCGAGCUGCUGGUCGAACUGGCGUCGUUACAGCACAACUUCCGGGUCCUCGACCAGGUAAUCAAAGAAACGAAUCGUCGCGUGAACGCUCUCCGGUACAUCAUCAUACCGCGAUUAGAACGAACCCUUGCAUACAUCAUCACCGAACUCGACGAGUACGAGCGUGAAGAGUUCUAUCGUCUUAAGAAGAUACGGGAACAGAAGGCAAGACGGCGAGCUGGAAAGUCCUCACAUGAUCUAACUCGAAACCCGGGCCAUGCGGACAUGCUCGACAACACGGAGGAGGAUCUUCUUUUUUAA